UGGCUUUGUCUGUACGCGUUUUGGCAGGAACACAGCAACAAAUCUAAAGUACAUGCGACCCUAUUUUCGGAAAUAAAGAAGAAUAUUCCUCCCUACAUAUAUAUAAAUCCGAAAAUAAAAUUAGCGGGGACGAUUUAGGCAACGUCCCUGCUGCUUACGGUCUCCAACGUAUUUGUUUUAUUUGAUAUCUACGAUUUCAAGGAGUAUAAUCGGACACAAAUAUGAAGAAAAGAAUGAUGGCGUGGUAGUAGCAGUGGUGGUCCAGUGUGUGUGGGCCUGUGGACGGCUCUGGGUCUGGUGUGAGCGUGUGUGUGGAGAUGAAGGUGGGACAGAAGAACUCAGUGUGUAUCCUGUCUAGUCGAGAGCGAGGAGCACGAGGUCUUGCCUCACACAGGAUCCUACAGCAGCUUGUAGAGGAGAAGACACAGCGCAUGAAAUGGCAAAGCCAGAAAGUGGAGUUACCAGACAGCCCCCGCUCGACCUUUCUUCUGGCCUUCAGUCCAGAUAGGUCUUUAAUGGCCUCCACCCAUGUGAACCACAACAUCUACAUCACAGAAGUUAAGACAGGAAGGUGUGUUCACUCUCUGGUGGGCCACCGCCGGACGCCCUGGUGCUUGACCUUUCACCCUAGCAUACCUGGCCUUAUUGCUUCUGGCUGCCUGGAUGGAGAAGUCCGAAUCUGGGACCUGCAUGGAGGUAGUGAGAGCUGGCUCACAGAGAGUAACUCGGCGAUCGCAUCCCUUGCUUUCCAUCCCACGGCUCAGCUGUUGCUCAUUGCCAGCAACAACGAGCUGCAUCUGUGGGACUGGAGUCGGAAGGAGCCCUUCACUGUGGUGAAGACAGCUAGUGAGACAGAGAGAGUCAGGUUGGUGAGAUUUGAUCCAUUGGGUCACUAUCUUCUAACUGCCAUUGUAAACCCUUCAAACCAGCAGAAUGAUGAUGAUCCUGAGAUUCCAAUGGACAGUGUGGAAAUGCCUCAUCUCCGUCAGCGCUCCUUCCUGCAGUCCCAGCCUGUAAGACGCACACCAAUCUUGCACAAUUUCUUGCACAUCCUCACUUCCCGCAACUCAGUCCCUCAGGCUGGAGGCACUCCUGCUGCUUCCACUGACGAGGCCUCUGAUUCGUCUGGGCAUUACGCUGUUUUGAGGGAUCGUUCCCGGCUGCCAUACCAUGGUUGCGUUCAGCCACUUGGAGUUGUGUGUUUCUGUAGCCGUUGCUCAUCAACUAGGGUUCCAUCUCCGCCUGACGAGGACUCUUCAGACUCCGCCUCCCUGGAGGGACAAUCACACGCAUCCACCUUUUCUUCUGCACGCACAGAGCCACGGAUACCGCGGUUUUCUGUCGAAUCUCGUGUUGUAUAUCGGCCCUCAGCAUUUAGCUGUGUGUAUGGUGGUGGGAGCAACGUACGGAACCUUUCUUCUAGCUCUGGGAGGAGGAGAGUGGCUGGAAUGGCACCUAUCCCACCUUUCCGGCAGCAUCCACCAGGCAGGGAAGGUGGAGGCCGUUUCCCUGGGGCAGAAUGGACAAGCAGUGUGCUUAAUGGACGAGGUAGUAGUUUGACUCCACCCAGAACCAGUGCUUCCUCCGUCAGCCCACAUCCCGUCCUGCGACAGCAAGGAACUUCCAGCCAAUCACCUGUUUACACCUCUGCUAGUGAUGGAUGGGGCUUUCCUCAUAGCAGUGGCAGCUCAUCAGGGACUAGUUCUAGCAGGCAUCGCCCACCACAGGAAGAGGGGCACAGCAGCCCUUCUUCCAUCCGCAACGUUCUUCAGUGUAACCUUAACCGCUAUUUCAUGGACUAUGAGCAAAUGCAGGACCUAGUGCAGCCACUAGAGGGCAGCAGGCAGGACCAGCAGACUCAGGAAAUGCUGAAUAACAACAUUGAUCCAGAGCAACCGGGUCCAUCUCAUUACCAGCCACUUUACAGCAGCGAAAACCGUUCCCACAGUCACAUGAAUCGCUGUAGAGUCUGUCACAACCUCUUCACCUAUAAUCGGGGUACUCAGCGCUGGGAGAGAACCGGUCAGCCGACAUCUGCUGAGAGAAACGCAGCUUGGCAACCUACUAGUCCUGCCUUUCAAAGCGUAGCCCCAGUCUCACAUUCUGAUCAUCACCUACUUGAACGUGCACCAAUAGAGCCCAGCCCAGACACCCCAGAGCCUCACGUACCCUUUUCCCGCAGCACAGCUACCAGUCAGCAUGAGGAUCAGGCCGUCGGGCUGGUCUUCAACCAGGAAACUGGCCAGCUAGAGCGUGUUUACCGGCCAUCUGCCACCUCUCGUUCAGAAAACGUAUCACAAGAAGCCUUAAACCAGGAAAUGCCUGAAGACACACAAGAUGAUGAUGAUUACCUACGCAGGAGGCUGCUGGAGUCGUCCAUGAUGUCUCUUUCCAGAUAUGACGUCUCUGGAUCACGAGACCAUCCCAUCUACCCUGACCCGGCCAGGUUGUCCCCUGCAGCGUAUUAUGCACAACGUAUGAUCCAGUAUUUGUCUCGGCGUGACAGCAUUCGACAGCGCUCUCUCCGUUCCCCCAGCAGACCCCGACCCCUGUCCUCUAAUUCCAACAGCCUCUCGCCUGGCCCCGCCCCCAGUGUGGAGAACAAUGAAGUUGAUUUUGAGGAGUUUGAGGAUAAUGGAAGCAGACAUAGGGCUCCUCGUAACGCACGCAUGUCUGCCCCCUCCCUCGGUCGCUUUGUGCCCAGGCGGUUCCUUUUGCCGGAGUUUUUGCCGUAUGCUGGAAUCUUCCAUGAACGAGGGCAGCCAGGCCUGGCAACACACUCAUCCGUCAAUAGGGUCCUCGCAGGUGCUGUAAUUGGGGAUGGUCAAUCUGCAGUAGCCAGCAACAUCGCUAACACAACUUAUCGUCUGCAGUGGUGGGACUUCACCAAAUUCGACUUGCCUGAGAUCAGUAAUGCUUCUGUUAACGUGUUGGUGCCCAACUGUAAGAUCUACAAUGAUGCGAGCUGUGAUAUCUCAGCAGACGGGCAGCUGCUGGCUGUAUUCAUUCCCAGCAGUCAGAGGGGUUUCCCUGAUGAGGGCAUUUUGGCUGUGUACUCCCUCGCCCCGCACAACCUGGGAGAGAUGCUCUACUCCAAGAGAUUUGGUCCAAAUGCCAUCUCUGUCAGUUUGUCUCCGAUGGGUCGUUACGUGAUGGUGGGUCUGGCGUCUCGUCGCAUCCUGCUGCAUCAGAUCACCGAUCACAUGGUGGCACAGGUCUUCAGACUGCAGCAGCCCCACGGAGGAGAGACGUCCAUGAGGAGGGUGUUUGAUGUGGUGUAUCCAAUGGCCCCAGACCAGCGGAGACAUGUCAGUAUAAAUUCUGCACGUUGGCUGCCAGAACCGGGGCUUGGGCUUGCUUAUGGAACCAACAAAGGAGAUCUGGUCAUCUGCAGACCUGUUGAUGCACAUUCAGAUGGCAACGGCACUUCUGAACACUCUGAGAGAAUGUUCACCAUCAAUAACGGUGGAGGGGUUGGAACCAGCAGCAGCAGGGGUGGAGACAGGGUAGGGAACAGCAGGACUGAUUGGCGCUCACACAGAGAGAUGGGCCUGAUGAAUGCGAUUGGUCUGCAGCCACGACAACCCGCCCCCACUGUUGCAUCACAGGGGACGCAGACACAGACUUUGCGGCUACAGAAUGCAGAGACACAAACAGACCAUGACCUUCCAGAUGAACCUCAGCAGCCCAGCACUUCUCAGGGGUCACAGGUUACUGAUGACUCUCUGGAUUUAGAGACUCUCCCAGAGGAUUCUGGGUCUGAGGUGGUACCAGAGACGCCCCCCCACAGUCGACCUCAGGAAGAUGAAGGGUCAGAUCUCACUGAACCCAGCACAGGUCAGGCAGAGUAUGUUUCUCGUAUCCGAAGGCUAAUGGCUGAGGGAGGCAUGACUGCGGUUGUCCAGCGUGAGCAGAGCACCACAAUGGCUUCCAUGGGCAGCUUUGGCAACAACAUCAUUGUCAGCCACCAUAUCCACCGUGGCUCCCAGACAGGUGCGGACGCACGAAGCCGUACUCUUUUGAGCCCUAUCCCUGGUCCCUCCUCUAGUGUCCCUGAGUCUUUGGCUGGAGCUGCAGGUUCGUACUCCUGCGUCCUCACCAACGCACUGGGGCUUCAUACCGACACAGCUCUGGGCACCUCUACAGACAUAGACUUAACACCCCUCGUAGAACAAGAGAGUCUUCACACAUCCCUCCUUUCACAGGAGUUUUCACCUCUUUUCUCAUCUGCUGUAAACACAAACGGACCUUCUGCUUCCAUGGAAACAGACAGUGUCUUGGAGGGAGAGGAGCUCCAAGACUUUGUGCCCCUCUCUCCAUCUUUACUCUCAUCCUCACCAUCUCUUUCUCCAGUGAAUAACAGUAACUACAGCAACAGUGAUAAUAGUUACCUCGGAGAAGAGUAUGGGCGGUGAAAGGGGCAGAGUUCGGAGAGAAGUCAUCAUUUGAAAACAACGAGAAAAGAGAAGGCAACUCAACAAAAACGUCAGAAUAUAUUUGCACUUGGUGUUCCUUUCGCAUCAGCAUUAAUAUUUUGCAUCUGCUCUGACACAAUUUAGUGAAUAAUGAAAGAUGGAGAAACGGUUGUAGUUUCCUGAUCAGCUAAAACUCAGCAAUGUAUUCAGGCAUGUUGUACUUCAGUCAGCCUUGCUGAAGGUCCCAGUGGUGGUCUCUGUCUGCCUGUUGUCCAUCAUGAAGUGCGCACAUAUAUAGCCACGUACAGAAUAAGGUGUGUAUGUGUUUUUAUGUGAAUGCCAGAGAGAUGGAGCAUCACUUUGCAGGAAGUCUUGAGUCUGCAGAGCAAUAUCAGUUCAACUGAACAUUUUUUUCCUCUACAUCUUCUUUCAAAUGUAACAUUUCAGAUGCCAUUGAAAUCUGCUGCCUGAACCAGAAAAGUAUAAAGUCUCGUAUAGUCUUGUAUUUGAAGUUACAAAAACACGUCACACUCUGAACAAUUUGGUUAUGUUACUGUUGGUUAGUUUAGAACUGGGUGUAAAGUCACUUCUGCAGAAGGUAGGCCCAUUUUUAGAAGGUAAUUGUUACAUUUUAGUUCAGAUUUUUAUAAAGUUGAAAAUGCCACACCUUGUUUUUCCUGUUUUUUAAACUUUUGGAAAGAAGAUAAGAAAGAGAAUCAAGAAAGAAGACAGAGUUGUCUAAACAAAUAUUGUAUUUUGCAGAGUUAAUUCUGUGGCAUUAAUGGGUAGUU